AUGUUUUUUUGCUGUUGCAAACAACGUAACGUUAGUGAGAAAGUUGAGAAGAAGGAGAAGGUGAAGAAGGAGAAAAAGACGUCCUGGUGGCGUCGAUUCUUUAAGCGGAGAUCAGACAGAGGAUCUCCGAAAGACACACAUUCAGUGGAGAAUGCAGAAAAGCCCAACACUGAGAAGCAACGGAGUCUGAAAAACGACUACAAAGUGGGCAAAUCGAUAGGUGCAGGAGGAUUCGGAGCAGUUUAUGAAGGGACGAGAAGAUCGGAUGGUCUUAAGGUGGCAGUGAAGUUUGUGAAAAAGAAUCAUGGGCUGCCAUACGUCAUUAUUCCUCACCAUCCCAUCCCCAUACCGACAGAGGUGGCUCUUUUGAUCCUAGCGAACAAAGGGCCCAGAGCACCUGAAAUAAUAGGCCUCAUAGACUGGUAUGAUGAGCCUGACAGGUACAUCAUAGUAAUGGAGCGGCCCCCAGGCUUCAAGACUCUGUCCAGAUUCGUGAAAAAGUUUGGAUACAUCACAGAGGAGACAGCACAUUGCAUAAUGCGCCAAGUCGUACAAGCUGUGCUCGUCUGCACUGAAAGAGGGGUCUUCCACCGAGACAUCAAGCUUGAGAACCUGCUGAUCAACAAGAAAACCAUGGAGGUCAAACUGAUUGAUUUUGGGGCCGGUGAGCUCCUCUGGCCAAUUCCUUAUAGGUCAUUCAUAGGCACAGAUGUGUACUGUCCGCCCGAAUUGAACAUCAGAGGGAGCUACUACGCUGAGCCAGCUACAGUAUGGUCCUUGGGGAUUUUGUUGUUCCGGCAGGUGAUGGGGCGCUACCCAAACAAAACAGACCACGCGAAGUUUGCCAAAGAUAGGUGGUCCUCACAUUUGUCUGCAGAAUUCCGCCAUCUGAUUGGCUGGUGCCUACAGCAGAAUCCAGACAACCGGCCUAAGCUGAAGGAAAUCCUCCUACAUGCUUGGUUUCAGGAAUCACCUGAAGAUCAAAGUCAUGGCCCAGCUGCAAGACAAACAAAUAUUCCUGUGCCAAAAAUGGCGCAGUUACUGCGCGUUCACACCGCCAGCGACACCCAGCGACAAUGCGAGGCGAUGCCAUUCAUUUCAGUGGAGGGCCGGCGACUUCCGGCGACACGAGCGACAGUGGCUGUAUUGGCUAGAAGGGAUACACCACAACCGACAGUGAUCGUCGGCGACAAGAAGUGGACGUGUCUAGCGACGCGACAAAGAUGA